GUUCAAUACGGCUAAGAUGGCGACGACUAUUUCCGGAGAGGACAGUUUCUUCCUGGUUUGACAAAAUUGGCGACAGAAAACAAGAAAUCAGAUUUCCCACUACAGCCAAGUGAUUGAAAGGGGAGCCACCAAAGACCUUCAAAAUGGAGCAGUCCUUCUUUGCUGCAGCAAACGAUUUGGACAAUGUCCUAGACGAGUUUGAAAGAAAUGAAGAUUUCCAGCUCGGGCAAGGUGUAGACUUUACUACAGCCAAGCCAACUCCACAAACCUCAGUCCCCAGCCAACCUGACACCAGUCUAGCAGGCUUCUACCCUGUCACUACAGGAGCUAGCCCCCAUUACCACCCUGCUGCAGUACCGCAGCAGCCCACCGGGGGCGCUGUGUACAAUGGUGGGAACUAUAGUGGUGGUAGGGACAAUACAAUGGCAAGCUAUGGUGCUCAAGUAAAGGGAUAUCCAAGACAGCCAGAUGUGAAUGGCCCAACAGGCCAGCAUUUGGGACCAUCUAUUAAUGCAGGCAAUUACCAAUCACAGACAGGGAUUGCAACAAACUAUCAGACAACCAUAGCAGGCACUUUCCAUGGAUAUCAAGAACAGCCAGGUCAAGGUCAAAUAUCGUUGAAUAAACUUCAGGAACAGCAAGCUCUGAGCAGCUACCAAACAGUCGCAGGACAGCAGAACAGCUAUCCUGUGAACAGCUUUCCAACACAGCCACCGAUGGGCAGUUACCAACCACAUGGAGCAGACAGCAGUUUCCACCAUCAGGCAGGGUUGAACAGCUAUCCAGCAGCCGGAGGUCCAACCCCCCACCCUCUCCCAGUUGUGUCACAAGGUGUCAGACAACCUGAUGCCCACCUUCUUGGGUCAAUACCAGACAGCCAGAUCCAGCCUUCAGUGUCACACAACACUCUACCACCCAUGUCCCUUCAUGGAGGGGCCUACCCCAGUGUUGGGAGAAUGUCAUCGCCACCAGUGAACCUAACAACAACUCCAGAAGCUCAGGUCCCAAAGAGCACAGCUAUGGCUAAACCUGACCAAUAUCCUAUAUCAACAGGACUGACGCAAGGUGUCAGUAGUGCUAGCACUGGCACAGUUGUAGGUGGAGCAACAGGGAUGUAUCCUUCUGUUCCAGCUUCUACUACUAGCCUGUAUCCAACAACAGACCUGACACAACAUAACGUAGAGUCAAACGUUGGUGGACUCAGAGAUGGGUUAUACCCACAAACUGCAGCGUUAGCCCAAAUGGCCAAUAUUACCACCGAAGGCACUGCUGGAAUUAACAGUAGUGUGAAGAGUUUGUAUCCAACAACUACAGGGCUACAAAUGGCUGUAGGAACUGGUGGUGUAGCUUCAAUGUCGUCUGAGAUUGGUGGCACAGAGGCAAGCAUGUAUCCCAACAUAGGACUUGCAAAGCCUGUAACAGCGAACAUCCAGGCACAGGCGACUGCCGACGAGUUAGUCAAAUAUAUGAUGACUUCCCAGAUUCUUAAAAAGGAUAAGGAGACACCUCCGAAUGCAAGCACUGAAUCUGCACCUAUCACUGUCAACACAGUAGGAGAGGGGGGUCCUCAGUUGGCAGUUUCUUUUAGAGGCAACCUUGAAGUGAAUUCUGCUCUCCAAACACAAAGCGUUGACACUGCCAACUCUAAAAGUGGUCAGACAGAUGAGAUGAAAAAUAGCAAUCUGAUAGCAGGUCUAAACAGUCUAGAAGCAAAUGAAAAGGGAAACAAAUCUGACUCUGAAAAAUUGCAUGAACAAGGACGGGAAAACAGCAUGACUGAAACAAGUGUACCCAAGGAGGACAUGGGUAGAACAGUUGAGGAUAGUCAGCCAACAGUCACAGCCACUGAUACAAGUGAUAGCCUUCUCUGUUUGGAACCGACUGCAGUGUUACCUGACAGUAAGGUGAUGGUAGUACCUGUAAGACAUCAAGAAACUGGAGAAACUGUUGUAUUGGAAGAUAAGAAAUCAUGUGAGCCAGUUCAUUCCAAUGGUGCACUGAGAAGUGUUGGCGAUAGCAAUACUGCAGAUUUAAGUCAGAACUCAGAAAUGGCAUCCACGUCCAUGCAGAGCAACAAAAACCUGCAAGAGGAAGCUGCUGUAACAGGAAAUGUUUUUGAACAGAAGGAAGAAGUUUUAAGUUCUUCUGAGUUGGAACAGGCUGGGAGCAAGGAAUUGAAAAAUGUAGAGAAUGCAAGUUAUGUAGAACAAAGUCAGGUCAGCACAGGAUUUGGAGGGGCUGGAAAUAAAAUGAUAGGCUUUUCUCCAGAGGUAGAAGUAGAGGGUGAAUUUGACGACGCAGAAAUAGAUGCAUACCUCGGGUUGGAUGGUGUCGGUCUGGGGAACUCUGGGAACGAGAGCAUGAUGGAGGCAGGCAGAGAGGAAGCUGGGAUUGUUGAAUCUGGUACAGUCUUGGAACAAGUCUUGGAAAAGUCCAGCCAAGAAGGGUCCAUAACCAAGACUGGUGUUUCACAGCUACCUGUUACUCUAUUUCUACCAACUUCUGGUGGUGAAAGCACGGAACAAAAAUUUGACAAACCUUCAGGAGACCAAACGCUUCAAAAUGACAACGAACGCAAUACCCAGCCAGAAAGUGGCGGCCCAGCAGGUGGUGAACUCUCAGAUGCAGACCCUUUUUUCAGUGCACAGACGAGUACAAGCCCGACCGAUACGUUAACCUCACUAGAGGAAGAAGAGGAGGAAAGCUGUAGAGUGCCAGAGACACAGGCUGUUACUGCACCUGCAUCGGUUGAUGUAAACAGUAUGCCUGACAACAGGACUAAUGAAAAUAAUGGAAGCAAAACAGGGGUUUCAGAGUCUCUCAGAAAACUCUCCGAUGUCAGAACAAACAACCACAUUGAGGAAAGCAUUGCAGGUACAAUGGUGACAGGUAGAAUAGACCAUGGUGAUGGUCUAAGAACUGUUCAGCAAGGUUUUUCAGCGUCAGGUUCUGUAGAGGCGCAGAGCAAAAGGAAUCCUGCAAAUAUGAUUAAUCCAGCAACAGAGACAGAGAGGAUGUUGGGGCUGCCCGUGGACAUAAAGGCAGCGGUACGAGAACAGGCGGUUGGAGGGAAUUCAGGAGGGCAGGAGAGUUCUGCAUCACAGAGCCUGAGCUCAGCAGGAUCCCAUAACAGUGAGGAUGGGACAAACGAAUCAUUACAGCCAACUUUCUCACUUGGAGACAACCCUGGUCACACCCAGCAACCAUCUGGUAACACCCAGCAACCACCCAGCCACACCCAGCAACCACCCGGUCACACCCAGCAACCACCCAGUCACGCCCAGCAACCACCCAGUCACGCCCAGCAACCAUCUGGUCACACCCAGCAACCAAGCCAGACUGACUCAGCUACGGAAGGAAACAGAAGUAGUAUAGAAUCAGCAGUGGCAAACAUUUCAAUCAGGGGGCAAAUGGAACAGGAUGAACAACAGCAGCCAAUCAGAGACGAGGGAUUCUGGGACACGAGGCAGGCGCCGUACCAGGACAUGCCCCAGGACGGCGUGCGGAUGCCCCCCCACCCCCCGCUGGGCGUGGCGUCCCCGGAGGACGUUGGUUUCCCCCCCAAUGUGGAGAUGUUCAGGGAUGACCUCAGUUCAGUUAUACCGUCGGAUAUCGGCUGGGAGGCACCCGUGUGGGUCCCAGACGAAGACGCUCCCAACUGUAUGAAGUGUGAGGCCAAGUUCACGUUCACGAAGCGGCGUCACCACUGCAGAGCCUGUGGGAAGGUGCUUUGUUCAGCCUGCUGUGGACAGAAGGCACGGCUGGCAUACAUGGACAACAAGUCUGCCCGCGUCUGCUCAACAUGCUACAACAUCCUACAGAGAGCCCAGGCCAGAGGUCAGAUAGCAGGGAUCAGCCAGGUGACCCCGUCCUCAGGUCAGGCCUCCCCCAACCCUAACAACCCGAUGGAGUACUGCUCCACCCUCCCUCCCAUCCAGCAGGCACAGGAAGCACUGCAGAGGCCACCCCCCAGUGUGCUGGUGCCUGUGGGGGGAAGGCCCCAGGGUGCACUGGGUGUUUCCCAGAGAGAGGGACGGCACGUGAGGUUCUCAGACGGGAGUAUCCCCGGCGGGGACGGGACCUCGGACUCCUCUACCCCCUCCACCCCCUCCCACCCCAUCACUACCCCCCAGGGGGCGGCCGCAGUCAGACCCAGGGGACCUGCACCCAACACGUCCCCUCAACACAAGGGGUCGCCUAGUAAAACAACCGAGACAAGGGCCAGACUUAGUCCAUCUAAGAACAGGGAGAGACAGUCAGGAAGUCCCCGCCAGGGAGGAAGCCCACGGAAGUCUGGGAGUCAAAGGUCACCCCCAAGGUCACGGCAGUCGUCAAGGACAAAGAGUCUAAUUCCUGAGGAGGAGGACAGACUUCCUCCUGUCAUUCUGUCUGUGGGAGACAAAGGAGACUAUGAGGUUGACUCAGAGCCAGACCCUGACAGAACCCUGGCAGAGAUAAAGAGAGAGGAGACAGACCCUGUCAUGUUUCUGGCCAACCCUAACCUGGUGGUGCUGGUCAAAGUCAUCAACUUGUCCUGCUGUGUAAACAGGCUGUGCUGGUGUUUCUCCACACGAGGCAUGCACACAGUCAGUCAGGAUGAGGUGGUCAUCCUACUGGAGGCCAUGCCUGACGAUGAUGUCAUCCCACGAGACAUCUUUGCCCACCUGCAAAUGGUGUAUGAGGAGGCAGGCAAAGGUAACACAGUGGGAGACCUGGGCCACACCAUCUUUAACCAGCCGUUCCUGGGCAGCCGUGAGCAUGGCGGGUUCCUGUACAUCCAGCCGACCUUCCAGUGCACCCAGCGCCUGAUCCUGCCCGACCCCCCCUACGUGGUGGGGGUGCUGCUGCAGAAGUGGGAGACCCCCUGGGCGAAGGUGUUCCCCAUACGCCUCAUGCUCAGGCUGGGCGCCGAGUUCAGAUACUAUCCCUGUCCCCUUUUCAGCGUGCGGUUCCGUAAGCCUGUGUACUGUGAGAUCGGACACACCAUCAUGAACCUGUUGGCUGAUUUCCGUAACUACCAGUACAUGCUGGGCCAGGUGAGGGGAGUGGUUAUACUGCUGGAGGACAAGAGAACACUCGUCAGGAUACCCAGUAACAGAUAUGAUGAUAUGAUGAAGGUACUGAACAACUGUAACGAACACGUCCUGUCCUGGGGCUCCAACUUCAGCGAGGAGGCGGACUCCCACCUGGUGUGUAUCCAGAACGACGAGGGGGCGUACCAGACGCAGGCCAUCAGCAUCCAGAACCGACAACGCAAGGUCACCGGGGCCAGCUUCAUCGUGUUCAACGGGUCACUCAAGACAACAGCCGGGCUGAGGGGGAAGUCCAGUAUUGUGGAGGAUGGAGUGAUGGUACAGAUCCUGCCUGAGACCAUGUCAGAGCUGCGGCAGGCCCUGAGGAACAUGAAGGACUACACCAUCGGCUGUGGCAGCACGGGGACCGAGGAGCCUGAUGAGACUGUCGAGGUGCGAUGGGUGGAGGACGACCGCAAAAUGAACAUUGGAGUCACAAGUCCGAUUGAUGGGCAGUCCAUGGAAGGCCUGACCAACAUCCAUGUGCACAGUGGCAUGGACUUCGCCGGUGAGCAGAGGACCAUUCGCUGGACCGAAGUCUUCUUCCUACAAACUGAGGAGUCCAUGCCCCAGUGUGAGCCGAUGGAGCUGAGCAGGCUGGCUGAGUCCAUCGCCACGGCGACCUGUGUGGCCCUGGUGCAGCACCUGGACUCCCUCAGGGAGGCGGGGAUGUGCAAACUGGGACUCAGGGUCAACAUAGACAGGGACGAGGUUGGGUAUGUAGCAGGUUCCAAGGGCCAGUUCCUGCCACCCCUGUACAUGACUGACCUUGACAAUGAACUCAUCCCUGUCAUCCACAACGCAGCAGCGUCCAAUCAGGACACUCCAAUUCGACUGGAACUCAUCUUCCACAUUCUCCACAACGUGGACUGAGUCUGUCUUGAAAGUUCAUUCUGUUGGUGUUGGUAGUAAGUUUAAGCUGUAAUUUCCAAUGCAAAGAGUUGGACUUACACGAAUUUUUGACUGUACAACUCCAGUCUUUGUCAAGGAA